GAAUGAACAAAAAGCAAGAAAACACUGAAAACACUUUCUCUGUUUCCCAAAAGCAAAAACACAACCUCAAAAAAAAAAAAAUAAAUAAAUAAAUCCCUCCGAGUCAGUUCCAACUUUAUAAGCACCGCAUUAUAGAGAACCUUUUUUUUCACUGAUGUAUUAAAUGCUUGGCCGUGUACAGAGAUUGCGUAUUAAAGUGCUUUUACGAAACGUGUUUUGGGAUUUUUGUGUAUAUUUGGAAAAGUAUCUGAAAGGUGGGUUUUGAUUGGACAAGUUGAAUAAGGUCCAAGAAUGGUGAUUCUAAGGGAUUUGCUUCAUGGGUUUUUCUGGGUUUUGGAUUUCCGGAGUGGGGUUUUCUGAUAUUUUGUGGUUUUGAUCAAAUAUCAAUUCAGUGCCUCUGAUAGUUUGGAGGAAGUUUUGGAUGAUCAAGAACUGAAUUUGGUGAUUUUCAGGGAUUUUGGGAUGUGGGUUUUUUAUAUUUUUUGGUCUUGAUCAACUAUUAUUUCAGGGCAUAUGAUAUUUUUUGGAGGUUUUUUUUUUUUUUUGGAUGAUCAAGAACUGAAUUUGGUGAUUUUAAGGGGUUUUUAUUAUUGGGUUUUACCGGGUUUUGGAUUUUCUGAAGUGGGCUUUUGAUAUUUUGUGGCCUUGAUCAUAAUUCAGUCGAGGGCAAGUGAGAUAUUGGGUUAUUGUAGUUCAAUUUAGGUUAGUGUUCAGGGUUUUCCAUUGGUGGUAGUGAAGAUGGGGAAGACUGAGCUUGAAGAGGGAGCGGCUUGUUGUUCUUCUUACAUAGGCAAUGAUCAAAACAUCGAUAUUGAUGUUGCUUUCUCUUACAUUGAUAAGAGGAUUCAAGAUGUUUUGGGACAUCAUCAGAAAGAGUUUGAGGGUGGACUUUCUGCAGAAAACUUGGGGGCAAGAUUUGGUGGAUAUGGUUCAUUUUUACCUACGUAUCAGCGGUCUCCUUCUACUUGCUCAAAGAUUUCACAAAAAGCUCAAAACAACCAUUCUCAUGAUCUGCCCUUAGAGGGUGCCCCACAGAAUUCAACAGUUAUCAUGAGACCUGAACUUGCUUCAACUGAUCGUGCACUACCUGAACUAAGGAAUUCUUCUGUGGAUAGUUUGCCCAAAGUUUGUAAUUCAAGGAAUUAUAUUUCAAAUCACAAACCUCUCAAACUGUCAAUCAAUCAGUCUGAUAAAAAAACACUGAAGUUCCGGAUCAAAGUGGGGUCAGACAACAUUUUAACUGAAAAGAGUGCUGCAAUCUACAGCAAUCUUGGUCUUGACAUGUCUCCAUCCUCAUCAUCAAAUGGCAGCCAUACAGAGUGGGAAGGGAACUCUUCAGAUUCUCAUAGUAAACAGAGUGAAUCUCCCUCCUGCAUUAUUAAGAUCAUGACUUCUUUUCCUAUUCCAAAUGGUGUGCUAUUGUCGCCUCUUCAUGAUAAUUUGGUUCGCCCAUUGGAAGAAAAAAAUCUCUUAGAUGGAAGUAGAUCUCCAGCUUUUAAAGAGAUGGAUGCUGUCUUUGAAAAUGAGGUUGCUUUAAAAAUGCAUUGUAAAAAGGUGGUCGGAGAGAAGAAAAAGAAGUUUGGGGAUAAAAAUGAGAGGUUUGUAGAAUCAAAGAAUGGGAAUUUUGAGGAUCCUGUUAAUCCUGUUAAUGCUGGAUUGCAGAAUGAAGGAAAAAUUAAGAUCUCAGUGAGUAAGGAGAUUGCAUCUGCACCUAAAUCUAGUAAACAUAGUAAUAGUGGUGGCAUGGGAAAUGGUAUUGCUAUGGCUGCAUCUGAACUCAAUAUGGGUAAGGCAAAGGAAAAAAAAUUCUCCUCAUACUUAGUAAAAGAGGAAACUUUGGGGUCAAUAGCUUGCAGGAGUGGUGAUGAGCAGAAUGCAAAGAAUGGUUUGGCAGAAAUGAUCCAGAAAGAUAAAAAUGUAGUCUAUGAUAUAAGAAAAGAUGGCAGAACCAAAGAUGAUAGAAGUUGUAAUUUGUUUGAACAGAAUUGUGACAUGCCAAAGGGGAGCAAAGUUUGCGAUUGGGGAACAGCAGCUCCCAUAAAACAGAAUUGUGAGAGCAAAGCCACCCACCAACAGGAUGGAGUGAAUAUAUCUCACAGGAAGGAAUCAGCUGGGGGACAAAAGAAGUCUAAGGAAAUCCAAAAUCAUGAUAGCUCAGCUACCAGGAAGGCAAAAGUGAACUUGAAGGUUAGUUGUUCUUCUGCGUCAAAAGAUAAUGUCGCUUACAAAAGUGGCUUUCCAUCCAAAAGUAAAGGAGAUGGAAAAUUACACAAGGAUUUAGAGAAGGCAAAAGAUAGCCAUAGUGAUAGAAUGUCUAACAAAAAACUAGUUAAGAAAGAAUGUGUAAGUGAUACAUCAAGGAAUCCUCUCAAAGAUCAGGGAAGGGACUCUAAACUUGAGGUUUUUGAGAAAAAAUUCCUUGCAUCCAGCAGCAAAUCAAGGGAUGGUUCAGGUACCGAUCAGGCAAAGGACUCUAAGCUUGAAGUGUCUGGGAAAAAAUCAGUCAAAGAACUAUCCGGGAAAGGAUACCAUGCAAUCAGCAACAAAUCUAAGGAGACCUUAGGUAAAGAUCUUGUGAAGGACCAUAAGCUUGAUGUUUCUGAGAAAGAAUCCUAUGCAUUCAGUCAUAAACUAAAGGAGAGAUCAGGUAAUAAACAGAAUGAUUUCCCAUCAUCUUCUGAAGCACAUCUGAAAGGACACAUGAAAGAUGCAACUAAGAUACCUGAUCCUCGUCCUUCUGAGGUUGCUCCAGUAGUCAUAGAGGAAAAUUGGGUGUGUUGUGACAAGUGUGAGAAAUGGCGGCUUCUACCAUAUGGUACAAAUCCUGACCACCUGCCAAAGAAGUGGCUGUGCAGCAUGCUUACUUGGCUGCCUGGAAUGAAUCGGUGUAGUUUCAGUGAGGAGGAGACAACAAAUGCUCUGAAUGCAUUAUACCAAGUUCCCAUUUCUCAGAUACAAAAUAAUCAGCAGACUUAUCCUGUUGGAACUGCACCUGGUGGAACUUUGCUUGAGGCCCCGCAUCUUAACCAAAACUGCCAAGAUCUUGUUUUCAAUGCAGUGACCAGUGGUGGAAAGAACAAACUAGGAGCAAAAACAGUAUCAAAUGAAGCUCCUCAUAUUGGUUCCAAGGAUGUGUUGAACUUCAAAAAGAACCAACAGGUCCCUGUUAAAAGCAAAGGUUUACAGAAUCUCAGCCAAUGUUCCCUGGAAUCGAAAUCAGAGGAAAGACCUAGUAAUGCCAAGCCACUGAAAACAAAUAUCAGGAGGGAGUAUGGUCAAGGUGGUUGUAGACCCUCUAAGAAAGCAAAGACAGAAAGCACACAUUAUACCAAUCAAGAUCAGAAUCCUGGUGGGUUGUCAAAGAAGGAAGUUGAAACUGAUAUUCAGAAAUAUAAUGAAAGAUGUUCCAGUGAUAUAAAGGGUGUUCCUCAGGAUGGUUCAUUUCCUUCUGUUAAACAAUCUAAGAAACAGGGUCACAGGACUUUUGUGGAAGAUAAUGAUAAGAGUUCUUUUGCUACAAAGAAGAGAAAGUUGAAUGAGCGGCAGGGUAUUCAAAUUCAUAUGAAUGACCUUCCUAGUAAUAGACAGGAUUUUAAGGAUGAACAGAUUUCUAUGGAGGAGACUAGUGGGAGACAAUGUGGAAAAGAAAAGAAAGCCAGAGCAUUGAAGCUUCAAGGAAAUGAAACCAAUACUAGGAAGGCCAGUAGUGAACCAGAAAAACAAGGUACAGUGACCAGGAUCCUUUUUUCAAGUAGCAAAAAUAAUCCUUUAGACAGAACCGGUUCAUAUGAAGGCAGAAAAAGUUCGAAGAAGGACCAGCAUUUUGGGCAGUAUGAUGGAUACAAUUUAUCUCAGUGGACUGUUGAUGGUAACAAUUCUUUUAGAAGGGACUUUGGAGCUAGACAUCCUUGUAUUGCUGCCACCUCUAGUUCAUCCAUGAUUUCAGGCACAGGUAAAAUUAAAGUGAAUUUCAAUGAAUUUAAAGGUUCGCCUGCAGAAUCAGUUUGUUCUUCUCCUUUGAGAAUUUCCAACCCAGAAAAUCAUACAAGGAGCCUUUCAGGGAAGGAUGUCAGUGCAGAUGUAGGUUUGGCUCUCAUUAAUAGCCCAGGAACAUACUUAGUGGGUGAAGAUGAUGGCAGAAGCCAGCAUUAUGAGUCCAUAAGGAAGGAAAAAGCCUUCACUGUGAUUCAAGAUGGGUCUUCUGUGUCCCCCUCAUUUGAUUAUCAAGGCAGGUUUACUGAGCACAAAAUACAUGGGAAAGCUAUAUCAUCGACUGUCCACACUUCGAACAUAAGAAACUCCCACCUGUUGAAUGUUUGUACUGAAAAUGACAAACAUACCAAUGAACCAAGCAAGAACCACCAUUUCCAUGAUAUGGCAAGAGUUAACAGCCAUUGCUCUCCAAAGAAAUGUCUGCCUGAGAAAUCUACAAACGUUUGCUCUUCACAGGCCAAAGAAAGGCACUCAACUCCAAUAUCUGAUUUGGAUAAAAGCAAUAUUAGGAUUUCUGAGUCGUUUAACGAGCAGGAAGAAUCGGAUAAUGUGCACUAUGAGGUGGAGAAUGGAUCUCAGGAUAUUGCACCAUACAAGAAAGACAUAAAGGUUAGAAAAAUUAAAAUUCAGGGAAAUAAGUCUACUAAAAUUGAGAAAAAUCAUGCUGGAAAGAAAAUUUCUGCUGGCAAAUGUUUGAGUGACCGUAGUAAAAGAGAGAGCCAAACUCUGUGUGAUAGAGUUGAGGACCCACAUUCGAAAAUUAUUACUGUUUUUCCUAAGGGUGGAGAAUCUACUGCCAGCAGGCAGAAUCUGUUGCAGAAUCAUAAUGAUGAGAAAUAUUUAAAAUGGCUCCCUUCAGAAAGAAACUUUCAAGAAGAAGAAGCUACAGAGAACAGUGAUGACUUUGAUGUAUUGCCGUUUGAUGAUUUUAAUGGAGGCGAUUCAGUGAAGGCUUCACAACAACUUGGGAAGGAUGAUUGCCAAAAUAAACUUCAUCAUGUUAGUUCAAGACACCCCACAUGCAAUAGGGAUGGGAAUAGGGAUAUAGUUGCACCAAGUCAUAGAAGAAAGGAUGCCUCUACUCGUGCAGCAAAUAAGACUUUAAAAGAAGCAGAAGAUCUUAAGCAUUCGGCAGAUCAGCUUAAGAUUUCUGGUUCAGAACUUGAAAGUAUAGAGGCACGCUUCCGGGCAGCUCUGAAGUUUCUCCAUGGGGCAUCACUGUUAGAUCCUUGUAAUAGCAAGAGUGCCAAAUAUGGGGAAAUGACAUCAACUGCAGCAUAUAGUUCUACCGCAAAGCUAUUUGAAUAUUGUGCCCGUGAAUAUGAGAGAUGCAAAGACAUGGCUUCUGCUACCUUGGCAUACAAAUGCUUGGAAGUGACGUUCAUGCGAAUGAUCUAUGUUAAUCAUUUCAUUGCAAGCAGUGACCAAAAUGAGUUGCAAAAGACACUACAAAUGGUUUCUCCAGUUCAGUCUCCAUCAUCCUCUGCCUCUGAUGUUGAUAACUUAUAUAAUCAAGCAAUGAUGGACAAGAUGGAAAUAGCCAAGGAUGGUAGUUCAUUGCAGGUUACUGGUAAUCAUGUCAUUGCUGCCAGAAACCAUCCCAAGCUUGUGCGGCUGCUCGACUUUGCACAAGAUGUAAACUUUGCAAUGGAGGCCUCAAGGAAAUCCCAGAUUUCCUUUGCAGCUGCUAAUGUAGUACUUGCAAAGACAAGGAACGGGGAGGUCAUCUCUUCCAUUAAAAGGACCCUUGAUUUCAGCUUCCAUGAUGUAGAGGAACUUUUACGGCUAGUACACCUUGCAAUGGAGGCUCUUAGUAGCAGUUGAAGUCCUGGAUGCUGUAGGGUUCUCAUGAAUGGUGAGAGUGUAUUCUCUCUCUCUCUCUCUCUCUCUCCAACUUAUAAACAUGUAUCAGCAUCCAUGCUUGAGGAAUAGUUUCAUGAAAACAGAGAAACUGCAAUGAAGUCCAAUCUAAUUUCUGGACCUGAGCAGGUCUGACAUGAAUAAUGCAAUAAGGCCUUGAUUGUGGUCCAGACUUGUACUAGAACUUUCAGAGGUUAUACACCGUGCAGCCUUUGCAGCUAUCGAAAAUAAGGAUCAAUAAUGGAAUUGGAAAUUUUGAAAUGAUGCAGAGGUUUACAAGCAGAGUCUGAUUGCUUCUGGUUUUGAGGUUCCACAAGUUAUGCACACAUCUUUCAGAAUUUUCAAGCUCAGCUUUACCAAUUCUUUUCCCUAAUCCCUUUGGAGGUUGGACACAAUAAUUUUGAGCAUGAAGGGGACAGUGACCUUAGGUUGCGGCACGUUCAAUUUUCUUACUGUGCAGUUGUGAUCAAGAUCAUAGUUUUUGAUAAAGGAAACGAACAAGUGUAAAGAAGUUA